CUUAACUGCUAUUGGUCCAUAAAGGUGUUUGUGGGUUUUUUGUCGCUUUUAUUUCACUUCUUAUUUUCUUUAAAAUCAUUUCCUGAAAACUUAGUACGGAAAUGUAACGUACAGCAGGAAGAAAGAUGAUCUUCUGGAAAUCUUUACUUUUGCUGCACUCUGAAGAUAUUUGCUUCAGGCAAGAGAUUUUUGGGUGCUGCUGAAAUUUCGGAGAUCUGGGAAAAUGGGGUAAUAACAUGACACCAGCUCUUAAGCAGCAACAUCUGCUGUGGUUCAAAGCCACACAAAGAAAGCUGCUUAAGCAGUUGAAUAUUUUGGACUGCACGGACAAGUGUGGUUCGACUGCAAAGACUGCAGAGUAGAGGAAACUUAACGUUUUAGAGAAGUUGUUAAAAAAUGGAGUCGUGGAAGAUGAGCAUCUUUAAGAGACAGACAUCACCUUGUCCUCCAAGCUAUCGAAGAUCUUUGUCAGAACCUGCAUAUGCAAAUUCAGAGAUAGGAACAAGCUUAAAGAGCUAUCCAUGGCGUGGUCCAGUGAGAAGCAAGAAGAAGAAAAAUGAACAUGCUGUUUCCAAUCUAGGAGAGCCACUGGGUGCUUAUCGGUGGCAAACACAUCCCAGCUUUAGGUGGAAAGGGGGCAAAAGGGAGAGGUUGGAGACUAAUAAAGAAGACUUGGAUGAACCGCAACAAAAGGUCCUGCCAAAGAUGGUUGGCAGUAAUGCUUCUUCCUCUGCUAACGAGGUCCAUGGAACAUCAACAGAGAAGCUGAACCUGGUCAACACCCGGUCACUUCGGGUUCCAUUCACCAGAUCUAUUUCAGAGCCAGAACCCCGCUGCAAUAUCAGAUUUGUUAGACCGUGGUCAACUUCAGGGAGGUCAGAGGAGUCUGAGCAGCAGGGAUAUUUCAUCCGUGGCAUUUUCUCUACUCUUUCCAAUGGCUUCUCCAGGAUGCUGAGUCUAAAAGGAGAAUCAACCAAUGAGCCAGUAAGAGAAGAUGUCAAGGGGCCACCUACCCAUCGUCUGUCUUGUGGCCAGUCGCCCUACACAGAGACCACAACAUGGGAGCGGAAGUAUUGCAUCCUCACAGACAGCCAGUUGGUGUUGCUCAACAAGGAGAAAGAGAUACCUGUGGAGGGAGGUCAGGAACAGCAGACAGAUUCCACCAAAGGGCGAUGCCUAAGGAGAACGGUCAGUGUCCCUUCCGAGGGCCAGUUUCCUGAGUACCCACCAGAGGGCGCCACCAAACUGGAGGUGCCGGCAGAAAGGUCCCCUCGCAGACGGAGUAUCUCAGGGACCAGUACAUCAGAGAAACCCAACUCCAUGGACACUGUAAAUACCUCACCCUUCAAAGUACCAGGGUUCUUCAGCAAGCGCCUCAAAGGCUCCAUCAAGAGGACCAAAAGCCAAUCAAAGCUUGACAGAAACACUAGCUUUCGGCUGCCAUCCCUUCGUAAUGCAGAUGACAGGGCUCGUGGUCUGCCUAAACUAAAAGAGUCACGUUCCCAUGAGUCCUUACUGAGCCCUUGCAGCGCGGUGGAAUGUCUGGAUCUUGGCAGAGGAGAGCCUGUAUCAGUGAAACCACUCCAUAGUAGCAUCCUUGGACAAGACUUCUGCUUUGAGGUUACAUACUUAAGUGGAAGCAAAUGCUUCAGCUGUAACUCCGCUUCAGAGAGAGAUAAGUGGAUGGAAAACCUUCGUAGGACCGUUCAACCAAAUAAGGACAAUUGCAGACGAGCUGAAAAUGUUCUUCGUUUAUGGAUCAUUGAAGCCAAGGACCUUGCCCCUAAAAAGAAAUAUUUCUGUGAACUGUGCCUUGAUGAUACCCUCUUUGCUCGUACAACCAGCAAGACCAAAGCGGAUAAUAUUUUCUGGGGUGAACAUUUUGAAUUCUACAGCCUUCCACCUCUUCAUAGCAUCACAGUUCACAUUUAUAAAGAUGUGGAAAAAAAGAAAAAAAAAGACAAGAAUAAUUACGUAGGGCUAGUCAACAUUCCCACUGCCAGUGUGACUGGUCGCCAAUUUGUAGAAAAGUGGUAUCCAGUGAGUACCCCUACACCCAACAAAGGAAAGACAGGAGGUCCUUCUAUUCGGAUUAAGUCACGUUUCCAAACUAUCACCAUUCUGCCUAUGGAGCAAUACAAAGAAUUUGCAGAAUUCGUCACCAGCAACUAUACCAUGCUGUGUUCUGUGCUUGAACCAGUAAUUAGUGUGAGAAAUAAAGAGGAGUUGGCCUGUGCCUUAGUGCACAUUCUUCAAAGUACUGGCAGAGCCAAGGAUUUUCUCACUGACUUGGUGAUGUCUGAGGUGGAUCGCUGUGGAGAGCAUGACGUGUUGAUCUUCAGAGAGAACACCAUUGCCACCAAAUCCAUUGAGGAAUACCUCAAGUUGGUGGGACAACAGUAUCUUCACGAUGCAUUGGGAGAGUUCAUCAAAGCUUUGUACGAGUCGGAUGAGAACUGUGAAGUGGAUCCCAGCAAGUGUUCCUCUAGUGAACUGAUAGACCAUCAGAGCAACCUGAAGAUGUGCUGUGAGCUGGCUUUCUGCAAGAUCAUCAACUCCUACUGUGUUUUCCCUCGUGAGUUGAAAGAAGUGUUUGCAUCAUGGAAGCAGCAGUGCCUGAACCGUGGCAAGCAGGACAUCAGUGAGCGGCUCAUUAGUGCCUCAUUAUUUCUCCGUUUCCUGUGCCCCGCCAUCAUGUCUCCCAGCCUCUUCAACCUUAUGCAGGAGUAUCCUGAUGACCGCACAUCUCGCACCCUGACUCUGAUUGCCAAGGUCAUUCAGAACCUGGCUAACUUUGCCAAAUUUGGUAACAAAGAAGAAUACAUGGCAUUCAUGAAUGAUUUUUUAGAACAUGAAUGGGGUGGAAUGAAGCGCUUUCUUUUGGAGAUCUCUAAUCCAGACACCAUCUCAAACACCCCAGGCUUUGAUGGUUACAUUGAUCUGGGCCGAGAGCUUUCAGUUUUGCAUUCCUUACUGUGGGAAGUAGUUUCCCAACUUGAUAAGGGUGAAAAUUCCUUCCUACAGGCGACCGUGGCAAAAUUGGGACCUCUCCCUCGCGUUCUUGCUGAUAUUACCAAGACUCUGACUAAUCCUACGCCAAUACAGCAGCAACUGAGACGCUUCACUGAGCAUAACUCCAGUCCAAAUGUCAGUGGAAGCCUCUCCUCUGGACUGCAGAAAAUAUUUGAAGACCCCACUGACAGUGAUUUGCAUAAACUAAAAUCUCCAAGCCAGGACAACACGGAUAGCUAUUUCAGAGGGAAGACAUUACUGCUGGUUCAGCAAGCCUCCUCCCAGAGCAUGACUUACUCUGAAAAGGAUGAAAAGGAAAGUAGCCUUCCUAACGGUCGGAGCAUCUCCCUCAUGGACCUUCAGGACCCUCACGCUGCUCAGGUGGAGCAUGCGUCUGUCAUGCUUGAUGUGCCUAUGCGCUUAACCGGAAGCCAGCUUUCCAUCACCCAGGUGGCCAGCAUCAAACAGCUGCGGGAAACCCAGAGCACUCCCCAGAGCGCGCCCCAAGUGAGAAGGCCGCUGCACCCAGCCUUGAACCAGCCAGGCAGCCUCCAGCCCUUGUCAUUCCAGAACCCUGUCUAUCACCUCAAUAACCCAAGUCCAGCAAUGCCAAAGGCCUCUGUGGAUUCCAGUUUGGAGAAUCUAAGCACUGCCAGUUCCAGAAGCCAAAGUAACAGCGAAGAUUUCAAACUCAGUGGGCCCAGCAAUAGCAGCAUGGAAGAUUUCACCAAACGCAGCACUCAGAGCGAGGAUUUCUCCAGGCGGCACACAAUGCCAGACAGACACAUACCUCUUGCUCUGCCCCGGCAGAACAGUACCGGGCAGGCCCAGAUCCGGAAGAUGGACCAGGCUGGGUUAGGUGCCCGAGCCAAAGCCCCGCCAUCCCUGCCGCACAGUGCUUCCUUACGUAGCACGGGGAGCAUGUCGGUGGCAUCUGCGGCGCUGGUGGCCGAACCUGUGCAGAACGGGAGCCGGUCCCGGCAGCAGUCCUCCUCCUCCAGAGAGAGCCCCGUUCCCAAAGUGAGAGCGAUCCAGAGACAGCAGACCCAACAGGUACAGUCACCUGUGGACUCUGCCACAAUGUCCCCAGUAGAGAGGACAGCAGCCUGGGUGCUGAACAAUGGGCAGUAUGAAGAGGAUGUGGAAGAGACUGAGCAAACUCAAGAUGAAUCCAAGCAUGCUGAGAAGUAUGAGCAGGAGAUUACGAAGCUGAAGGAGCGCCUGCGAGUGUCCAGCCGGCGGCUGGAGGAGUAUGAACGCCGCUUGCUCGUGCAGGAGCAGCAGAUGCAGAAGCUGCUGCUGGAAUACAAGGCCAGGCUGGAGGACAGCGAGGAGCGCCUGCGCAGGCAGCAGGAGGAGAAGGACAGCCAGAUGAAGAGCAUCAUCAGCAGGCUGAUGGCUGUGGAAGAGGAACUGAAGAAGGAUCACGCUGAGAUGCAAGCAGUUAUUGAUGCAAAACAAAAGAUAAUCGAUGCGCAGGAAAAGCGGAUCGUGUCCCUGGACUCGGCCAACACCAGACUGAUGAGCGCGCUGACGCAGGUGAAGGAGCGCUACAGCAUGCAGGUCCGCAAUGGCAUCUCCCCCACCAAUCCCACCAAGCUUUCCAUCACGGAGAAUGGUGAAUUCAAAAAUAGCAGCUGCUGACGGCCUUUGUGAGCACGCAGACUGUGGGAGGAGACAGAAGGAAAUGUCCCCGCUCUCCUGUCCCAGCCCUCUCCCCGACCCCACCAGGUUUACAGAAUGUUGCUACUUCCGAACAGCAGAGUGGCGAGACACUCUGGGAUGAAGAAAGGAACCUUGUCUUUCAGGGCAUAAGGCUGAGACUUCCAAGGUCGAUGCUUUCCCCCCAUGUCUCUAUGUACAUAGGGAACUUAGUUCUGGGCCAUGUACAGAAAAUACCACUGUAAUAUACCAAAAGGAAGUGAAUAAUGUAGAUUACCUUUUUAAUUAUUACUAUUUUUAUUAUUGUUUUCCUCUUGUUGAAAGCACUGCAGUUGUUAGAGGAGGAAGAAGUAGGAACAAUGUGUGAAUGAGAAAUGAGCCCAGGGGCUCGGUAGGUAGCGACCAAGUGUCUUAUCAGAUAGAAGCACGUGGAGUGCAAUAGGACAUUGUCAGAAUGAAUUUUUCAGGGAUUCAUCUGCCAGUCUAAAAAUCCCACUCUGCUCCCCUUGUCCUUUAGGAGAACAUGCAAAUACCAAGAACCAAACAAAACAAUUGAACCCAUUGAUCAAGCAGGACUGGUUCUGGAUGGACAGCUAAUCUGAUUUGGGGAUACACUGUUUCAGAAAAUACAGAUAAGAGCUGUUGCAUCAAAACUGGACUUUAGGAGUGGUUUCUACUAAACUCCUGUUGAUGUUUAUUUCCUUCUGUCUAGAGCAGAUGGGAAUUUUCCAUUUUAGAUAGGGGGCUUUUUUAACCCCAGUUGUAAUAAAGGGUGUUCUUUUUCCUCUUUAGAGUUUACAGAACUAUAAAUAUUUGUGUCUCUGCAUACCAUCUUCAUCUCCACACACCCACUGCCCUUUCCUCCCCCACAGUGGGAGCAGUCUUCACCACCAGGGUUCACUCUCCCCUGGAGAGGUUGUUCAAAUAUGCUGUCCAUAAGCCAUCCAAAAUAAACACCCUUUCUUCCACACAGAAAAAGGGCUAAUCAUACCAUAGCAGGAAUCUCUGAAUAUUUCCUAUUAAAAAAAUUUUUUUUUUCUAUUUGUAACUUACAGUUUUUGUUUGGGAUAAAGAUUUUAUCCAUUGUACUAGCAAAUCUCUAGGCAGGGUAAUUUUAUCUCAGUCUUUAGCUUUUAAAUGGCUUCUAAUUUCCUCACUAAAAUUUGGAAAGGAAACCCAGAUCCGAAGCACGGCUGUCUUAAAAGUCAUAAUUCCACUUAUAAACAAAGAAAAGUUAAAGUGCAAGGACCAUGCGUUCCAUUUGUUACUGCCAUGCUCUUCAUAGAUUUGGCAAUAAUGACUCAGUUUCACCAACUGUCAUCCUUGGCUUUAUUGUAGGACACAAACAGUCGUGGAAGUUAAUUUACUUGCUUUUUUCCAGAGGUGUGAAAUGUCAUCUUGAAUGCAAACUUGAUUAUCAGAAGUAUGGAAUGUUACGUGUUAAAACAGACAUUAUAUAUACAAAUAUAUAUACAUAUAUACUCACACAUAUGUACAUAUAACUGCACAAAUAGGAAAAGUUCAUGCCCUCUCUGCUGUCAGAUAUAACGUUAAAAGGGUUUUGAAUCUCUUUAAGCAAGAUCUAAGCAGUUCUUUUUCCUGAGAAAGCAACAACAUUUCUCAAAUAAGUUAAGGAUGUUUAUUUUAAAUUAUAAAAUGUAAGGAAAUUUUUUAAAAAGAAAAGGAAAAGGGGAGAGGGAGAAAACAAAGACCCGAGGGAGCCCCAAGCACGGAGUGAGUGUUUCUACAUAAGACAAUAUUAUAAGGAAACAGGAGAACACUUACUGUGUCCUCUGCGGGGUGAAGCCCAGCCUCGACAUCUGGAAAUAGCCUCCCAGUCACGGCACCCAGCUUGCACUCGGGCCUCCUGAGCACUGCCCUCUCCCAGGUGGAUCUCUGUUGGACCUUGCAUCUCAGCAACCUCCCAACAGUCCCCAACCCACAGCCUUUUAAAACAUUUCCCUUCAUCAUCUUCUCGUUUCUGCCAAUCAGAGCUGUAAAUCAGCGGCUGCUCAUCUGCUUAUCUGAUCUACGGUUUUCACGCCCUCGGAUUUUUGGCAUUUGGUUAAUUUCUUGACCCCCAGUAGCUGUUUUACAAACUCUUCCCUCUUCCCUCUAAGCUUAGGGCACACUGUGGUCAAAAUCACUUACUUUAAAAGGAAAACCAUCUUACUAAUUCUGAAGGUGCCCUGUGUUGGGGGGGGGGGUGUAAACAUAGGUGUCCUCGUUUAGAGCUCUUCUCAGCUCCAGUCAUGUUUAAUCCGUUCUUUGUAAAGCCUUCCAUUGGGCUACAGAAAGCCUGGUAAAAGAAGUGUCAGUCUUAGUGGCCUUAAAUGUGUAACUUGGGUGAUGUCUUGCAUUGAGGUUUGGAAGCUCAGAAGUGUUAGUUAUGGAUGACAGAGGGCUGAUAAGCUUACCUGUAUUGGGGGUUGGGGGAGACACAAAAAACCAGAUAUGCUUUUGAUGGCUGCCUAUAUCUUGUUGGCAUAGUGGGAUCCCCGUAGAGGGCUGCCUACUCUGGAAGAUUUAAUGCCCACAAUGUUGGAAACAUGAUGCAGCCCUCUCUUAUCAGGUUAUCUUGAAUGAAGAGAAAAGAGUAAAAAAAAAAAAAUCAAAUUAGAAGUAAGCUAGAAGUUCAGAUUUGUUGCCAGAUAUUAAAUUUUAGAUUAUCGUUUGAGCCUCUUCCCAUCCAAACAUUUUUCUGAGUAUGUCUUUAGAGCAGCUGCCAUCUGUAGAACUUACUCGGAAAGGUUUUUGAAGUAUGGAAGACUGCAGCAAACAGCUGAUAAUUUUUAUGGAGGUAUUGCUUAAUUUGGCUUUUCUUCAGCCCAAAAAACUACAUCCAGAUGUCCUGCGGGGAGGAGGGCCUGGUCGAGGAGAGGCAGGCGGGUUCAGGUAGCUGUGACCCACUCCUCCUUCAGCCACACACACCCCACAUCGCGGGCUGCAGCCUGGAGCGCGGUCCGGUGGAACUGGGAGUUCAGGUGUAGUGCUUGUCUAAGCUGAUAGCAAGACUUGGCUAUUCACAAGGACAGUGUGGGUAGGAUUUAGGAAUUCAGGAAAGCACUUUCUUUCAUACUCCCUUUUUAUAUCACUGGAGCAACAGGCUUUCUGGGCCUAAGCAGCAGAAAGAGUGACAUUUCCAUCAGGUCCUCACGUUGCCCGAGUCUCUACGACAUAAGCCGCGACACGGGAGAUGACAUCUAGGUAACUAGAGUAGACACUUGAGUGCCCGCCGUGUUGCAGGCGCUCUCACCGAGGUGCUGUCAGAGGCCAGGGCAGCCCGUUCACGAGGAGAAUGCAGGAGGAUGAGCUCAUCGUGCUGUCUUUGCUGUUUGUUGUCUUCACUUGGUCUAGAGCUGGUCCCAAGUCGUUUUCUCUGCUCUGCUGCCACCUUUCCCUGUGAUGUUGUUGGACAGUGAAGGAAAGAGUAGGAGUUUCUGUCUCCGAUGCUGUGUGACCUUGAGAAUUUGCUGGACUUUAAAAGUAAAGCUUUCCAGAUCUUAGUCGACCUCAGCCUUUGUUCAUGGAGCUCUGGCUCUCUUGGCCCCUGGCUCUCAGUCUGUCCUCAAGAGGUGCCCCAGGGAGGGAGCAGUUCUUCUUCGGACGUCCCAGGGCAAGACCGUGGCCAUCACAUGAGUUUGCAUUAGUAUUUGCUUUGCCUUCCGCCUAGAUUGAGUUCUAGUUAUCUGCAGUUUGGAAUUCUGAGAAGGCUGGUUGUGGCAACUUGGGGAAGGAACCUAAGUCCCAUGCGACCUGGAGCGAGGCUGGACACCAGACUAGACUUGUCACUGGGCCUGACCCAGCCACUCCUCAGUCCAAGCCACCGCCUCAGUCAUUGUCAGCUACCCCCCUGGGGGCCACCUUCCCCUACAGAUUGUGGAAACCAAAAGGGCAUUCUCCAUUCCCCUUCCCCUUCUCAGGUCUCGUGUGAAAUCACCUGCUUGCCCCAAUAGUAAAUAGUUGCCUUCCCACCCAUUACCUGAGGGCCAAGAAUUUGGGAUACUUUGUGCUUAUCAGUGUAUCAGUUGGAAGAACCUAUUUUACUGGUCUUUUAAAAGCAAGAUAUGUUGGGGUGUUGAAUUUUUAAGUAGAACCUCUUUCCAUGUUCCAGGGAUUGUUAUUAGUUCUAGAAGCAUUCUCUUGUUGUCAUGACCCAGUUAUGAAUUCUCUUGAGUUUAGGAAGGACAAAAGUGGUGAAAUUUGCAUAAAGACAGAAUAUCUUAUGAGGAGUGAAAGAACGUGAGGAAGAUACAUGAGCCAAAAGGGGACUGAUGUACAGCAGCCUCUCAGUAGCCCGAAGGUUCGAGGAAGCAGCAUUUAUAUUAUACCCUUUGCCCAAUCUUCAAAUACACAGAUCGUUGGAAAGGCAGACUGCAGACAACACAUGCACAGCCACACAAAACACACAAUUCCUAGGGCUUCCCUUUUCUGAAUGUUAGUCCAUCUUACAGAACAGUGGUUCCCAGACUUUCUUGAGCUUUGUAGGUUUUGUGCUCUCAUUUGUUAGAUGUUAUGACCAUGAUUCGUUCCUCUUUAAAAUGUACCAUAUGUGUUAUAUGUAUAUAUAAGUUAAAGUGACUUGAAAUUGGUUUGGUCUGACAUCGUCUCAAGAAUCCUAGAUACCGUCCUUGAUACCAUGCGGGUCAUAGGAAGAAAGAUGAAUAUCACUGAUCUGAGGGUAGGUUCCAGAAAGAAGGAGCUUUGGUUCCUGGUCAGACUCCUCAGGUGUUUGAGAAACCAAGCAAGCAGGAUCCGGCAAAGACAGCGAGCCACCCCAGCAGCGCAAAGUGGCCGUUCUGCCCGCGUGUCAGCCUGCAUUUUCAUGUCCUACUCCUUUCUUCUUUUUCAUUCAAAUGCCCUCGUGUUCCACUAGGAAAUGUUUUCAUUUGGGACCUAAGACCAGAUUUAUCUGUUGUUGUAGAAAGAUUUCCACAGAAGCUGUGUUGUAGGGGCCUUCAUCAUCUGUGGGAGCGGGUUCAAAUGUUCAUGUAUAAAUACCGUAUUUAUGUCAUUUCCAAACUCCCAAGGGAGAAAUUUCAGUUCCCAGGUCACCAAAAGGUUAAAAUACUAAUUGACUCAAUGACCACUAUCCUGCAGAAAAGUGGGAAUAAAUUAGUAAAGGUUAAAUUUUGACUGGUGCUUAGAUAUUUCCUAGUGACUUUAGAAUUAACCCACGCAGACAGCAGCACACUAACCUGAGUCACACCUGUGAGGCAUUUACCUUCUAAAUUUGAUUCUUUUUUUCAUCUCCAGGGCCUUAAUAAGAAUGUGUUAAUACACAUGACUAUUUUACAAUGAUAGCUCUAAAUAAUUUAUUUUUUAUUUCAAGAAAGAGAAAUACACCUUAGAAAAACAAAACCCGAGAUUUUAUUUUAUUUUUAAAGCCAUAUUUUUGUGCUGGUAGCACUUAGAUUGUUCCAUAUGUGAGAUCCAUAUCUGCAUUUCAUUACCUGGGUUUGUUCUAAAGAAGAUUUAUUUUUGUUCUGUGAAUAAUUUUUGAUGGUUCUUGUACAUGUACAGAUAUAGAUACGUUUGAGGUCUUUUAUUGAUAUUCCUACAAAGAAUACAAAUAAACUUUAAACAUUUCAGA